AUGUAUCAGCCGAAGAAAAGCACCAACUUCUCCACCGCCGCAGCUCUCAGCGAUGACGACGACGUAGAGGACGAAGAGGAAGAACGAUCAAGACGUACAAGCAACAGAACCCAGUUCGAAGCUUCCACCGCGGCGGCGAUGAUGCGCCCGCCUGCUGUGGUGGACAGUCGUGAUGCUGACGAGUUGGAGGAGGAUAUGCGUAGGGGGGUAACAGCGCCGCGAACGACACUGCCAGUCGCGCACGUCUGCCCCUUCAGGUUCCCUAGCGAGGAGGGUGGGAUCUAUGAUGCCCACAGUAGCAGCCAGAUUCGUUACAAAACAGGGAUGGAGAAGGACGAGUUCGACGCCUUUUACGAAGACACGUUCCUGGAUGCUGAGGGAAACCGUCUCGCCCGCUCAUGGCUGUUUGGGCAAGCUCGGAACCACCUCGGAAACUACUCGGCGGAGGACAACAAGGCCAGGCGGGUCAUCCGGGGGAGCAUGGAUGACAGAGACCGAGUUUUGUGCUGGCUGGAGAUGCUCAGGAGGGACACUUGUUUCGAGGACAUGGCCCUCGCAUAUGGACGGUGUGCUGGGACGUAUCACAACGAGUUCAAGGACACGACGGCGGCCGCGCAGAACAUGCCUUGUCUGCAAGAGGAGAUCCAGUGGCCUGACGCAGCGGAGCGGGCAGCUCAUUGCACUUUCCUUCAAACCUGGGGUCACCCGGAUUUCCCUCGUGUAGCUUACAUCGCCGACGGCACCAUGGUGAACAUGCGGAACCCUGCCAAGGUCGGCAAGGGACAACCAGAGCCUCACGCCCCGGUGCAUCAGGCGAACUACUCCGGUAACAAGGGCCUUGGAACUAGCCAUAUCGUCUACUGCAACGUCAGGGGCAAACCGAUACGGGUGCGUCGUAUACUUUGA